AUGGUAGUAGAUGAUACACUUAAGCCAAUUGAUAUAAACCAAUUAGUAGAUAAAGUCUCUGAAGCUAUUAAGAUAUGGGAAAAAGGUGUUGACAAAGAAAAAAAUGGAUCUAUGACAGAUGCUAUCAGAUAUUAUAGACAGGCUUUAAAGAUAGAUUCAAAUGUAGAAAGAAAUUAUAGAGAAAAAUUACAUGAAGAAUUUGAAGAACACAAACGAUUAAAUGAAUUAAAAAAUUUAAAAUUAAAUGAUACAAAUGAUAAGGAAAAUAUAGAGACAAAUGAUAAUCAUGAAGACACUAAGGAAUUAGAGUUACCAUGCUGGAUUUUAGAUAUGUUACCUGAUUAUCUUUUAUCACAUAUUGUAAAACAAGUUGUACUGUUAUCAGGUCAAUCAUGGUUAAAUUUAUCAUUAAGUUGUAAAAAAUUCAAUGAAUUAUGCUUUCAUGAUACUUUACCUUAUAAAACAUUUGCCAAUCUAAUUUAUCCUAAACAAAAUUAUUCUUUUGGAUCCGUUGAUAAAGAUUAUGCAGAAGAGUUUAAUAGGAAAGAAGUUUGGACGGAAGAACCUAUUCAAAUGCUAAAGGAUAGGCCAUAUAUCAAAUUUAACGGAUUAUAUAUAAGUACUGUCAAUUAUUUAAGACAUGGUGCUAAUCCUGAAGGUUCAUCUUCAUUAUUAAAUCCGAUUAUGAUGAUCACAUAUUAUCGAUAUUUUAGAUUCUAUCCAGAUGGGUUGUGUCUUAGACUUUUAACUACAGAUGAGCCCAAGACGGUAGUUAAAAAUUUUGAACUAGGCAACGCACAUCCAAAAUGUGAGGUAUGUGAUUGGAGCUUUUCAUUGGGGGACAAGAAAGGUAUUCUAACUGUAAUGAGAGAAGGGGGUAGGUAUCAAUUCCGAGAAUAUUUCACUAUUCGAAACCAUGGGAAAAAAAGAUUCCACAAAUUUAAAUGGAUUGAAUCCCUAGUUCUUGACGGUGAACAUGAUCCAGUCAAUUGUGACAUUAGUAAAGAGAAACCUUUUUUCUUUUCCCGAGUAAAAUCCUACGAGAAAUACACUUUUUAA